ACAGAGCGGAAAGGAAUUGGAAGAGGCAGGAAAAAGGACAUGUGUUUUGUACUGCUUUGCCGCCAGACAGCACUAAAAUAAGCGUUUUUGGACGGAUUUAUCUAUUAAUUAGUUCCAUUGAGACGCGCAACCUACAAUUGCAAAUGUCUGAAGACAUUUAACAUCCAGGCAGACACGAAGACAGUAUGUUGUUCUUCUCUCGAGAGCGCACUGAAGAAAGAGUCCAUCUCUUGGCAGGCGUUACAUACACAGUUGGAUCACAGUCGUCUGACUUCCCUUUGCAGCAAGAUGGAAAAUUCGACAAGUCCAUCAGCAGGACCCAUUCCAAAAUUUCUGUUAAUUUUGCCGUCCAAAACUCCGUCUUGACUUAUGAAUGUACAGAAACAAUUCCACCUACCAUCACACUAAUAGAUCACUCAAAAUAUGGAGUCUAUGUCAAUGAUGGAAUUGAAACAAAAGAGAAGACGAAGACAGAAGUUGUACUGAGUUGUGGAGACAAAGUUCGGUUUGGUUUACAGUGGAAUAUUUUUAGUCUCAACCAUGAACCCUUAAUUGUGUUGGUCACAACAGGAGAUGAUAGAUUGUCCAUUGGUGGGAGCGUGUGGAAACUUUGUGGCUACACCUUAGACGUCUGUAACUAUGACAUCUCACACACUCAUUUCUCCACAAAUGAAGUGACCAUGACCCCUCAGUUGCUAUGCAGCCUUUGCAAAAAUGUUCCGAUCGUGAAACUUUCAUAUUGGGACCAGCUGCUGAAGGCUGUCAAGGAUAAGUCUGAUUUUCCAGCUACUGAAGACUUUGUUCCAACCAUAAGUGAUCCUCAAAUCACCUCAAGCUUUUUGAAACACAACGAAAAACGUUGCAAGUUGUUCAAAGACAAGACGUUCAUUUUCACAGAUUUCUUGGUCUACCAGAAAUAUAAGGAGGUUGUUGAAUGUGCUGGUGGAGUGCCUUCCAAAUGGCAGUGCUGCACUUUGCCUGUAGAGGAAAUAAUGAAAAGUGACGAGUAUGUUGUGAUUGGUGGCCCUCGAAACUACAAUUCAGACGAGUCGACUAAAUCAAAAUCCAUCAAUAUGAAAAGACUUGUAAAGCUCCAAGAAAAAUAUGGUUAUCGGAAAAGGUUUGUUCCUGUAGAAGAGAUCGGAAUGGCCAUUUUGAAGUGUGACGCUGACACUUUCUGCAACCCUAAUUUCAAACCAUCCACCCUGAUCAGGCCUCGCAAGUCCAUGGUAGAUGACAAGAAAGGAAACAUUUUGGUGCCGGACACACAAGAUACGCCCUCAACUUCAAGCAAAGUUGCUCACGGAAACAUGGUUGUUCUGGAAACUGUUGAGGAUGAAUUCGACUUUGAAGAAUCGCUGAUUACUUUUCGAGAAACAACAACUGCCUCAACUAGCAAAUCUCAAAGCAAGAGACCUGCACAGGGAAAAACACAAUCCUCGCCUGUGGCUAAAGUGGCAAGGAUGGAUGUGGCAAGACCAAGCACAAACCGUCAAGCUCCAGAUCCAGAUGAUAGAGAGCAGGAAGAUGAUCCAUUUGAAUUUGACCUGAGCACUGCCCUGUGCAAACCCACAGUUGAAAAGAGUCAGGUGGAAUUUUCUCAACAAGAUGAAGAAACUCCGAGCACCCCUGGAGCCAAUCGGAAAAGGGCAAGGAUCGAAUCAAGCUCCGAGGAAGAGGAGGUUGAGAAGGAAGACAAUAAUGAUGAGGAUGAAGAUGAUCCCUUCCAGUUUGAGGAAAUCUUGCCCUCUAAGAGUAACGCAAAGAAAACAAAAAUUUCGCCCGUCAAGCCAAAAUCACAGAAUACUGUGCCCGUUCCUACUUUCCUUCAUCCCUCCACAUCACGAUGCUUUCCAGAGGAGACUGACAAUGAUGAUGAUUAUGAUUUAGAAUCAAAGUGGAUUGAUUUGUCAAUCAAGACUGAACCUGAAGAAGCAGGACUCUCUAGUGCUGGGCAAAGGAUUUCAAGGAUGAGCAAUGAUUCUAAUCGAGGUAAUACUGGUUCUGUCAGUGUCUUAGCCUUUCCCGUCAAUGGCUCUCAAAAAGUAUUCAGCAAGACUUCGCACAGAUGCAUGAAAAGACUGCCAAAAAUCAUAUCUUUUGCUGAAAUGAGGAAAGUGAAUUCGGUCACAGGCAGGCCUGUUGGAGCUAAUGGGCACUAAGAAUACUAGAGGAAAGGCACAAAAUGUAUUUUCUUUAUUCAUACAUUGGUGAUAUUUCCCAAGAACCUAAUCAGCAAUAGCGAAUAUAGUUAAUAAUAACGUAUUAAUGUAUGAAAUCUGAGCCGAGUUGGCUUAAGACUGAUGGAUCCACCUGGAAUUAUUUAAAUUGAUUGAGAAAAAAAUAAAUAGAUAAUUCA